UGUGACGUAGACAGAUUGUAAACUCAAAACUACAGCAGAGUCGGGCGCUGUUAUUGUUCUGUUUGAAGAGUUUGCGGGGUGGACACCGCUUUGUUUUUAUGUCAGGGCCGUAGACUACCACUAGCAGGAUAGUGUCACUCCAACAGAAACACCUGCAUGCUUGAACCGAGCUGUAUUUUAAUAAAACCGGACCACAUUCAUCCUGGUAGUGGUGAGCUAACAAGUUGGAAGUUGAGCGGCUGAUGGAUACGCGGGUUUCAGAGUUAUUUGGCUCGGGAAAUGGACACGGCUCGGCAUCUCAAGGUGUUGCGUCCAGCGCCAAGCCGAGAAGUGGACACGGGGUGACCCCGAAAAAAGCGGGCGCAAAGAGCAACAAGAAAUCUAAGGCUCGCUUCUCCCGCAACUUUAAGCCAAACAAUAACACCCCGUAUCUACCUCCAGAGGCUGAAGAGGGAAAUAUAGAGUACAAGCUGAAGCUGGUGAAUCCCACGCAAUACCGGUUUGAGCACCUAGCAACGCAAAUGAAAUGGCGACUCCAGGAGGGUCGGGGUGAAGCUGUCUAUCAAAUAGGUGUUGAAGAUAAUGGUAUGCUGGUGGGAUUAUCAGAGGAAGAUAUGAGGGCAUCGCUGAAGACACUCCAUAGACUGGCAGAGAAAGUUGGGGCUGACAUAACUGUUCUACGAGAGCGAGAGGUGGAUUAUGAUGCGGAUGUGCAUCGCAAGAUCGCUGAAGUGCUUAUUCGCAAGGUGCCAGAUGACCAGCAGUUCUUAGACCUACGAGUCGCAGUACUGGGAAAUGUGGAUUCCGGGAAAUCCACUUUGUUGGGUGUCUUGACACAGGGAGAGCUGGACAAUGGACGAGGAAGAGCGAGGCUCAACCUGUUUAGGCAUCUCCAUGAGAUCCAGACUGGUCGCACUUCGAGCAUUAGCUUUGAAAUUCUUGGCUUCAACAGUAAAGGAGAGGUUGUGAAUUACAGUGAGUCUCGUACAGCAGAGGAGAUUUGUGAGAGUGCCUCUAAAAUGAUCACAUUCAUCGAUCUGGCCGGUCACCACAAGUACCUAAAAACCACCAUCUUUGGUCUCACCAGCUACUGUCCGGAUUUCGCUAUGCUGAUCGUCAGCGCAAAUACGGGCAUUGCUGGUACAACACGCGAGCAUCUUGGUCUUGCCAUGGCCCUGAAGGUGCCAAUCUUCAUUGUCAUCAGCAAAGUGGACCUGUGCACGCGGGCCACCGUGGAGCGCACAGUGCGGCAGCUGGAGCGCGUGUUGAAGCAGCCCGGCUGCAACAAGGUGCCCAUGGUUGUGGGCAGUACAGAUGAUGCGGUCACAGCAGCACAACAGUUUGCCCAGUCGCCCAACAUCACUCCCAUCUUCACUGUGUCCAGUGUGUCGGGUGAAAGUCUAGACUUACUCAAGGUUUUCUUCAACAUCAUUCCUCCUCUCAGCAACAGCAAGGAACAGGAGGAGCUCAUGCAGCAGCUAACUGAGUUUCAGGUGGAUGAGAUCUACACAGUGCCAGAGGUGGGGACUGUGGUGGGAGGUACUCUGUACAGUGGCAUUUGUCGUGAGGGAGAUCAGCUUGUAGUAGGGCCCACAGACUCAGGACACUUCCACAAGCUGACCGUCGGGAGCAUUCAGAGGAAUCGCUCGGGAUGCCGAGUGCUCAGGGCUGGACAGGCUGCCACACUUGCCUUGGGUAACUUUGACCGGUCUCUCCUACGGAAGGGCAUGGUCAUGGUGAGUCCAGAGAUGGAUCCGACUAUUUGCUGGAUGUUCGAGGCUGAGAUAGUGCUGCUCUUCCACGCAAAGACGUUCCACAAAGGCUUCCAAGUUACUGUGCACAUUGGCAACGUGAGACAGACGGCCACUGUGGAGGCCGUCUAUGGGAAGGAGGAGCUGAGGACAGGGGAGAAAGCAGGCGUUCUCUUCAAGUUCAUCAAGCACCCAGAGUACCUGAAGGUGGGUGCUAAGGUUCUCUUCAGAGAGGGUGUGACCAAAGGAAUCGGCCACGUCACCAAGUUGAAGCCCAUUGCCCAGUACCUGCCAUCCCAAAGUGAAGACGAGGAAGCCUAAAUGUUUAAACCGUCCCCUUUGUCAAAAAGGUGCUUUAUAAUCUCCUGCUUUCUCCAAAGGCCUCUCUUCUACAAUCCUUACACAGUUAAUCCCUUUUAGAAAAUGCUAUUUUAUCACACACUCUUUUCACACUGAAGCCUUGUUGUUACCAACUUCCUCAAUACCUGCUGAUGAUUGAAUUUGUUUUUUUGUGUUGUGGUUUAACAAGUUUUGCUUUUCAUAGCACUAACAGGAACAAGCGCUGUCAACCGAAGCGAUCAGUAAGUGUGCUGCUCACAGUUUACACCUAAUCGCACUCCUAACACACUUCAACAAGGUUUUGACAUUUAGAUACAUCCUUAUUCACCAGUAUCAUAGUUAUCCUUUUCCCAGAGCAGCUUGUCAAUGUUACCAGCACAGUGCCUGACUGAGGAGGAUGAGCCUCAGAUCUCACUCUAUUCAGAUGGUCUUACAUCAUAAUGUUUUCUUACCAGUGAACCAUGAGAUAAUAGUACAAGCAAUGACAUCCACCUUUGCUUCUCAGACACAGCCUGUGUGCUGUCCUGAAGCCAAAUCGUGUCGCUUCAGGCUUUUACUAACAAGGUCACUUUAUGAAGGUAAACGCGAGGUAUGCAAAGUUAGAACUUGAAGUGUGUCCAUGUUGUGAUUGUCACGUUUCUCUGUGGGAUUUAUGCUUUUAUUCACAAAGAAUGCCUCACAACGGUGCAAUAACACAGAGAUGAUCUUGCUGCCUAUGUUUCAAGUGCUUUAGUUACUCAGGUCGGAGUAGAUGUAUUAUUAGUCAGCAUUCCACUCUCACAGCAGGCCUCCAAGUGGAGGUUUCUGCAGGCUUGGAGGAGAAAAAGAUUAGUGUUUCUUCCAAAGAGAUGUAAAGUAUGUGAAGCUGUUUCCUUAUACAGCUUUGUUUAUAGGUGAUCGUGUCUGAGGUACUUGAUGUCGUCUCCUCACGGAAGUUACUGAUGUCACUAACUUUGAUAGGGUUUUAUAUAGUGCCUAAUGGAAUUAGAGUUGUGUUCAUUACACCCCAAAAUUUAACAUCUGGAUAAAAGGUUGGUGCUACUUACUAGAAAUAUUUUAACAGAAGGCGACUUUGAAGAUGAAUGUUAAUACUCUGUUCAAGGCUGCUGUUGGCCUUAUGUAUGGUUACUGCAUGUUUGAUAUGAUUUCUAUAUAGAUUGUUGUCCCACGGUCUAUGACACAAAGGACACCUCAGAUGUGAGCCCGUUUUUGUUGCACCCACGUUGUUGUUGUCGUUGUUGUGCAGUUUAUGUGUGCUGAAGCACAGGAAAGCUCAUGCCUUUCAACCAAAAUAUUUUUUUAGACUUUUUGAAGAUUUAUAUCAGGCAUUAGUUCUUAAGCAUCUGAGAAGGAUUUUAUAGAUUUCUAGUAGUUUCAGAUUUUAAAGUUUAUUCACUUUUUCACUCUCUUAAAACACACCCUAAAUUUUCUGCAGUCACAUUUAGUCCCGUUUUCCUUUUAAUUAAAACUUUUUUGAUCAUUGUUUGGGUGAAAUGCAAUAUUUAUGAAAAGAUCCAAGUAUGUGUAUUAUGUACAUGAAUAAACUUUUAUUGUCUCUCA